UGACUAGCGUAUAAUAAACAUAAAAUGCCAUUUGUGCUAUAAAGUAAAUUAUAUACGUUCUGAUAAAGUUUCUAACUCAAAUAAUCGAUGCUAUUUGUACACGCGUAUUUCUACGGAGAACAGUACUUAUAAGCUGGGAGGACCAGACAAUGGAUGAAAAUACCCGGAUGAUGAUACAUAUGGCGUCCAUGCUCAUGCAGAAUCAGAGCGCCAUCAAGGAAACACAGUCGCAGUUGCACGAGAAACCCGCUGACGUCACAGGGAAAAAGCCCGCCACCGAUCAGAUAGCAGACGACAGUUUGAAGACGCCAUUGUCAGGAGCUAGUGGCCACACCGCCUUUGGAAUGGAUCCUAAACUUAUGGCGGAGUUUGCCCGACAAAUUGUUAUGAACGCCGGCCAUAAAAAGACUCCAGACAAGCCGACGACGAUUGCGCAGAUUAUACAAUCGCAGAAAGCACAAAUGUCCACGCCGUUGACCAAUGUAAGCAAUAACAAUAACAGUGCCAAUAUCGACAAUAAUAACAUUUACAACAGCACCAGUGAGGGUAAAAUCUUUGUAUACAACCAACUACCGGAAGUAGGAGAAGGCGGUCUCUCCUCCGUCAGCACGGCAGCCGACAUCAAGCCUGAUAUGGCGACACUUGCCUCUCUAACCAACGGGCACAUGCAGACGACACCAACGAGCAGGCGACAACCUACAAUUGGACCAAUCAGAAACAAGUACGGACGAGUUCUACGCCCAGGGAUAGACAACUUCGGUCGGUUUGAGGCUGUGGCGAACCACGGCCUCAUCAUGCACGCGAUGGAGCUGCUCCGACAGAAGGACAAAAAGAAACGCGGGCCGAAGGAAAAGGACACGUUUGCGGUGUUCAUGUACUGUCUGCCAGACAAGAACUCGAAACUGCCCAAGUUCUCCUCCCUCGACCCAAUCGAACGUGCCCUGGUCGAUCAGCACCAACAAGAGGGAUACGGGUAUCCAUCCCUUGACUACAUCAACGGAAUCCCCCGGAAGACGCAGCUGUGCCUCUCCUUCGAUGAGGCGGCCUAUCGCGCGUACAUGGUGACGUUGUACCCGCGCCUGGGCGGCCGCCGCUACGACAUGUACCGCAUAGACAAGACCCGGCGCCUCAUCCGCGUGGAGGCCAGGUCGCCACGGCAAUUGAAGGACAUGAAGUACCAAGGCAGCCUGAUUAUUAUACCAUAUGAUGAAGCAGACGACAGGCCAGCGCCCGUGAUCCAUCGCAAUUUUGAUGAUGUGUACUCAGGCAACGGGGUCGGCACGUGCUCGUCGCUAGGCAAUCCUCUAAACCUAAUACAGAACUUCAACAUCCCCCUUCCAAGCCUGCCCGAGGGGACGGAGGUCAUAAACCAUAAACCGGAAGUGAGGCGUCCCACCAUCGCAUCUCAGACUAUGACGUCAUCUCUGAAAUCUGACGUCAGUUUGCAGGUUACGAAGGCUUCUAUGAACGGUGAUGGCUCUCACUCCGACAUGGACGUCGACAAGACAACGGCAGCAACCAGCCCAGGGCAACUCAUUGAGAGCACCAAACUCCUGAAGAGGGCGUUUGAGUCUAGAUCCUCCUUGAAAUCCGUCAAGAAAAUCCAGGUGAAGGCAGAAUCCAUUUUCACUGACCUGCUUAACGCCUACCGUGAGGAUGAAACCUUGGAGACCCAUCGCCUCGUGGUUUGUAUCCAAGACGAGUGUGGACUUCCGGUCUCCGACACUUCCAACAGUUCUGUACUUGUCGCCUUCUGGGAUGAAGCUUUCAAGAAACAUUUUACCGGGAACCACCACCUAGUCCCAACCCUGGAUCCGAGCGCGGGGGAGGAUCUGUUCCAAAUAUUUGGGCGUGUUUUGGUCCACGGGCUGAUUCAGGAGAGUUAUCUCCCUCUGUGCUUUUCGCCUGCUUGCCUUUCAUUCAUUCUAGCUAACACUUGCAGUGACCAGCUGAGUCUCAGUUCAUUCUACCAGGCCAUGUCGAAAACGGAACGCGAGGUCCUUCUAGCAGCCCUAGCUGAGGCGAAGCUCGGCUUGGAGAAUUUUUCACCAAGAAUCGACAGAAGCAUAAAAACGGUGCUGGGUAGCUACGGAUGCAAGCAGCUUCCUCAAACAUACGACCUUGACAGCAGUAUCCCUAACAUAGCAAAGAGCUUUCUCUUGCACCGCCCCUACUGGGCGCUUUGCCAAAUUCAGGAAGUAUUCUGUCAGUCCGAAAUCGACAUUUCCGGCAUUACAGAAGAUGACAUCAUUCAGGUAUAUAAAGUCUUGUCGCCGGAUGUCCCAUCUCUACUUCUACGACUUAAAUACAUUUUCUCGGAAGCAGACGAUGAGCGGGAAUCUGAAGAAAAGGUCAAGGACAUCUUUGAAGAGUAUUUGCAUAAACUUUCAGAAACGGAGGUACAAAAGCUGUUACAGCACUGGUGCGGAUAUGACUGUUUGUGCGUUGAGCUUCUGUCUGUUCGAUUUCAGGGGGAAGAACCCAGAAAGAGUAUGUUUGAUGCUAAAUUGUCUACCAUGUACUUGCCAUCGUCAGUAACUUCCGGUCAAGAGUUGUCCCAGUUUCUGGACGCACAAAUGUCGUCUGUUUACACGUCAGAAUCAGGAAGUAACUGGGAAUACACGCUUUAGCCGGGAAAAUAACGAUGACACCGUUUAAGUACAUACUAUUUUAAAUAUUGCUGGCGAUUGAUUAAUUCAAUGCUUAAAAAACAAGAAUAUGCAUAAACACGAAUUUAAACACGAAUUUUGAUGCAGUUUGGAAUUGCCACAUUUUUUAUCCGGAUGAAAUAGUGGUCUAUGUUACUGAUUUAAUAAUAAUUAUUUAAGUAAACAAGACAAAUAUUGAAUUAUGAUGCAGUUUCGAAUUGCCAUAUUUUUAUCCUAUUUUUAUCGCGAUGAAAUAGUGGCCUUUGUAACUGGUUUAAUAAUAAUUAUUUAAGUAAGCAAGACAAAUGUUGAAUUAUGAUGCAGUUUCGAAUGGCCACAUUUCUAUCCUAUUUUUAUCGCGAUGAAAUAGUGGUCGUUGUAACUGGUUUAAUAAUAAUUUAAUAAUAAGACAAAAAUGUUGAAUUAUGUGUGAGUUGCCAUAUUGAUACUGUGUCUAGUCAUUUUUUAGUUUGUGACAUUACAUUGGUGUAUUUUAAUCUGUAAACAACUGCAGGAAAUACAUUCCAUAUACUAGUAUUCAUUUAUUUACAAACAAAGAUAAUGCUGUUUACCAAACAUGGCUGACUUUGUUUUCCAAUCUUGAAAUAAUACAGGAACAUUUGGGAAAGUACAAUUUAUUAAAAAACUUUUAUAUAUUUUCAUUAACAACAAUACAGUGACCAUUCACCGGUAGUCAGGCAAAACUUAACAUACAUACGUUGUACAUAGUACAGAAAAUUAUCAAUGAUGUUGGAAAUUAUUGAAUGAGCCACGUCCAGCGAAUUUGGUUCUUUUGGGCAAACUUUUAAUUUCUGAUAAUUUAACCUAAAACCAAAUAAUAAUACCAGAUGAAACAUUUAAGAUAUAAAAAUUGGGUACUUUAAUGCAUUUUAUUUAUCAUUUUUAGGAGUCAACUUAGUCGAUUGGAGUAUUGUGUUUUGAUUCAAUUAAUGUUAACUUAUUUAUUGCAAUUUCCUGACUUUUAUCCUUAACUUCCUGGAGUGUGAAAUUUCGAUUUA